AUGGGAAUCCCGCGCUUUGCGUAUCGCAUGCGCGAAUAUGGGACCGUCAAAAUCAUUGGCACGCAGGGACGCGAGGAUGAGAGUCCAAAGCGGCGCGCUCUCGCCAUCAUCGACGGACCAUCGCUCGCCCACGCACUCUUCCACACGCUGAGAUGCGAUGAGCAAUCCACCGAGAGCAUCGCGACGAUUUGUAGUUAUUCCGCUUUAGGAAUUGCCGCGAUUGACUGGCUGGACAACUUAUGGAGCUACGGCUUCGAAGUAUCUGGAAUCUACUUCGACGGAGCAUUACCCGCCCAUAAAGAGAAGGUCCGCAUUGCGCGCCUACAGCAUGGCAUCGACAAGCUAGUCACUUUCAAACAUCUCCACGAUGCCAUCCAACGCGCCUCUCGAAAGUCGAACAGCGGCAAUAGGCGCGAUGAAAAUCAGCGGAGUCUUGAAAUCGCACGGAAGGAUCUCGCUCCGCCGCCGUUUCUUGUCUUUGCAGUCGUGGAAGCGCUCGCCAACAGCAACUACGCCGACCGCACGUGGGUUGUCCCUGGUGAAGCGGAUCCUUUCUGCGUUGCGGCUGCUAGCAAGAUCAAUUCGAAUGAUGCUCAAAGGGACGUAUAUCUAUUUACAAACGACUCCGACUUGAUCGUGUACCCUUGUGGUGAGAGAACGAAAGUCGUCAUGAUUGACUCCAUGGUCGAGCGCGAAGACGAGACUGGGAAGGUCCUUGAGGCUCGAGAGUUUUGGCCAUCGGGGCUGGCAAAGAUGUCUCGUGAGCCGAUGCUGGACCUGGUACGACCUGCGUACGCAAUGCUGCGGCGACACGUGACGUUCAAAGCCGCUCUAGAUGGCUCACGAGAGCCGAUUGAGAACCUGGAGUACGCACAGUUUGCCGAGACAUAUUCUAUCAAAGUCGCCUCUCGUCUUCUUGAGGAACUGCAAGCUCAUCGCCAACCUGGUGUCAGUGGUGGGCUUCUAUAUUCAAGAGUGUCGGAAUUUGUCCAUCUGGCCAGAUACGAGCAGCAACGCCUGACUGAGAACGCAGCAACAUUGCGCACAUCCAAGGAAGGUAGUCAGGGAAAUGGAGACGACUCAAGCCUAGGCAACCCGUCACCGCGCCUUGUGAUGUAUCUCCCAAGCCUUUUCGAGGAUCCUUCCCGAGGCAGCGCGUGGAGAGUCGGCAUCCCAUUCCGCACCGUCGCCGCUUCCAUGGUGAGCAGCUACCAUGCGCUCAACGUCGAAGUCGUGGAGUGUCGAAGAGCGGGGCUCAAUGUAUCGACCCAACCCCUCAAGCACCUUUCCACAGCCGACACGCAGCAGAGCCUCGAGGCCUGGAAGAAAUCCAUUGGCAGAGAACUUACCCGUACAACGAACCUGGGUGUCACUCGACGCUGGAGGUUUGUGGUCAUGCAACUCACGCUAGCAGAUAUGGCGAGCGAAAACGUCGCACUGCCCACAACCGACGAGAUCACAUCUGUUCUGGCCUGCAAACCGGCGACCACGUGGAGGCUGGUGCACUUGCACGCACAGCUUGAAGCUGAGUACUACUCCAUACAAGUCUUGAAGCAGAUCAUCUGCGUCACUUCCGCGGACACAACAGGCUUAGAGGGGACUCGCGAGCUGGGCAAGCAGCUUCACGCCUUGCCGGGAAUCGCUGCAUUUUUUGAACCGCCGUCCGAGGAGGAGUCGAACAUCGAACUCACGGUGUGGAGGGCUAUGGUGGAGGGCUACUUGCGUGAAGCAGGUCUCGUUGACGAACGAGCUGUAGCGGCGCAGCAGGAGAUCACGCACAAGCCACUGCCCUCGACGAAGAAGAGUUUGAAGCGGAAGGGGAACAUGUUUGAUAUUUUGUCUGAAGUGGAUUAG